AUUUACCGAUAAAAGUACUGUUGCAGCCGUGAAUCCGAACGCAAAAGUAUUAAAAAAAUUACGGUGACACGUCCACCCACCCUGUCAAACAUCCACAGUUCUACUGUUUCUGCAUGACAAUUUUUCAUGUUUUAACAUUUAAAAAUGCCGUUGAGACUGGACACCAAGAGGAAGUUAACCGCGAGGUCUGACCGAGUCAAAUGCGUGGACCAGCAUCCAACCGAGACAUGGGUUCUCUGCUCCUUGUACAACGGAGACGUGAACAUAUGGAACUACGAGACUCACACACAGAUCAAAAGAUUCGAGGUAUGCGAUCUGCCCGUGAGAGCUGCAAAGUUCGUCCCCAGGAAGAACUGGGUUAUCACAGGUUCAGAUGACAUGCAGAUCCGGGUGUUUAACUACAACACUCUGGAGAGGGUGCACUCGUUCGAGGCUCACUCAGACUACGUCAGGAGCAUCGCUGUGCAUCCUACGCAACCCUACAUUUUAACUAGCAGCGAUGAUCUCCUGAUAAAGCUUUGGAACUGGGACCGCAACUGGGCGUGCCAGCAGGUGUUCGAGGGCCACACCCACUACGUGAUGCAGAUCGUCAUCAACCCGAAAGACAACAACACCUUCGCCAGCGCCAGUCUUGACACUACCGUCAAGGUGUGGCAGCUCGGUUCGUCAAUCUCAAACUUCACACUAGAAGGUCACGAGAAGGGGGUCAACUGCGUCGACUACUACCACGGAGGCGACAAACCUUACCUCAUAAGUGGUGCAGAUGACCGCCUCGUCAAAAUAUGGGACUACCAGAACAAGACCUGUGUCCAGACCUUGGAAGGUCACAAUCAAAACGUCUCCGCCGUGUCAUUCCACCCCGAGCUGCCGAUCUUGUUGACCGGCUCCGAAGACGGUACCAUCAGGAUAUGGCACGCGGGCACUUACAGGCUCGAAUCGUCCCUAAACUACGGUUUCGAAAGGGUGUGGACCAUUUCCUCUAUGCACGGUUCCAACAAUGUUGCUAUUGGUUACGACGAGGGGACCAUAAUGAUCAAAGUGGGCAGAGAGGAGCCCGCCAUUUCUAUGGACGUGAACGGAGGCAAAAUCAUCUGGGCGAAACAUUCCGAGAUGCAGCAAGUCAACUUGAAGGCUCUGCCUGAGGGUACAGAAAUAAAAGAUGGCGAGCGCGUGCCAGUGGUGGCCAAAGACAUGGGUUCCUGCGAGAUUUACCCACAGACGAUCGCACACAACCCCAACGGUAGAUUCGUCGUAGUUUGCGGCGACGGAGAAUUUAUCAUCUACACAGCUAUGGCGCUUAGGAACAAGGCGUUUGGGACUGCGCAGGAGUUCGUCUGGGCCUUCGACAGUUCGGAAUACGCGACCUUGGAGAACUCCAGUACUGUGAAAGUGUUCAAGAAUUUCAAGGAGAGAAAGAGUUUCAAGCCGGAGUAUGGAGCUGAAGGUAUAUUCGGUGGCUUCAUGCUGGGCGUGAAAUCUAUCAGCGGAGUGGCAUUCUCCUUCUACGACUGGGAACACUUGGAGCUGAUAAGACGUAUCGAGAUCCAGCCACGCCACGUUUACUGGUCGGAAAGCGGCAACCUGGUUUGUCUGGCGACAGACGACUCUUACUUCGUGCUCAAAUACAACGCGGCCGUGGUGACCCGCGCUCGGGAAACCAACUCCAACAUUUCCGAGGACGGCAUUGAGGACGCCUUUGAGGUGGUUGGAGAAGUGAACGAGACAGUGAAGACCGGUCUUUGGGUCGGCGACUGUUUCAUCUACACGAACUCCGUGAACAGGAUAAAUUACUACGUCGGUGGCGAGAUCGUCACGAUAUCGCAUCUCGACCACACCAUGUAUAUCCUGGGAUACGUGGCAAAGGAAAACAGACUGUACCUAAACGACAAAGAGCUGAACAUCGUGUCCUACUCUCUCUUGCUGUCGGUACUCGAGUAUCAGACGGCGGUGAUGCGCGGCGACUUCGAGACGGCCGACCGGGUACUGCCGACCAUACCGCACGACCACCGUACUAGAGUCGCGCAUUUCCUUGAGAAACAGGGUUUCAAGCAACAAGCGUUAGCCGUAUCCACAGAACCGGAGCACCAAUUCGAGCUAGCGCUCUCCCUCGGCGAGUUACACCGUGCGAAACAACUCGCCGAAGAAGCCGCCCUGGCCGAAGGAGCACCGUCGAGGUCAUCGGCCGCGAGGUGGUCGCGACUGGGGUCAGCGGCCGCGGCGGCUGCCGACACCGAACUGACCAAACUGUGUUACCAAAGCGCGCAGGAUUAUAGCGCGCUGUUGCUGUUUGCGGCCAGUACCGGUGACAAACAGUUACUGCAAGAAGUGGCGCGGCUGUCGGCCGAGCAAGGGGACGACAACAUCGCGUUCCUCUCAUACUUCACACUGAACGAGUUGGACGAGUGUCUCAACUUGCUCAUCAAGAGAGAUAAGCUGCCCGAAGCUGCCUUCUUUGCCAGAUCAUACAUUCCAUCGAAGAUGUGCGACGUAGUGAAACAAUGGCGGCAAUCUGUCAGCGCGAAGAACACUAAAUCUGGCCAGUCGCUGGCCGACCCCGAACAGUACGAGAAUUUGUUCCCAGAGUUUGCGGAAUCCCUAGAACUGGAGAGGUUUCAGCGGGAAUUCGGCUUCAAACACAUGUCCCAAAUGUCGAACCUACCCACAGACUCGAAAACUUGUAACAUAGAGCGCGACCUAGCCGAAGAAAUGGCGAACGCUAUCAAACAAGGCUUGUACACACCCGGCACAUCAUCCUUAGAAAACGGACCAAGCAGUUCUUCCCCGACCGAUGAGGACAGUGCACAGAAGACACACCAGGCGCCAUCGCAACAGAAUUCUAAAAGCAAAGAUGCGAUCGACAUCAUGGAAGAGAUUGAGAGAGAGAUAGACGGAAUUGAGUUGGAGGCGAGCAUCGAUAGUGUGGAUUUGUCGGAUGAAGCAGAUUUGAUGGACUAAGUCUAUUAGUGUAUUUAGAUUUUUUAUUUUAUAUUAUUACGAUCGUGAAAACUAUGUAUUUCCUAAAGUGCUAAUACGUUUUAAGAUUAAAGUAUUAUACAUAUUUCCUCGCCGAAGUUUCCUUUUCUUUGAAUAUGUAUCUCUGUACAAAUCACAUUUGAGUGUAAUGUAAUCUUAACGUCUAUCUUUAACGAUAAUAAAUUAGCCUCAAUAACGAUUGUAUAAAUAGCUAAACGUGUUUGUAGAGGGGGCGGCAUUUGAGAACGCAAAAUAUGGCCGGUUUUAUACGGGGCGUCCCUUUAUAUGAAAAUCGUCGCACCGUGUAAACCAACCUCUACUUAAUAUGUAUGCAUAGGAUUAAGAAAAAGUUUUAUUUAAUUUCAUUAAUUAUAUUUUAUUACAAGACAUUUUACCAGUAACUGAUAUGGAAUAAUAUAAUAUUACGGUGAAACGCUGCUGAUAGCUAAAUAAAUAAUGUAAAAAUUGCAUUUGUUUCUUUUGCUAGACCACGAAGUUAGCCGUAUAUUGUAAAAAAUUCACUGUGAAAUGUUUAAAAUUUUAUUCAGUUUCAUUUAUCAGACCAGCCUUAGUAUUUAUAUUGAAUUUGUUAGGUUAAUAUAUGUAUAGUGUUUGGUAUAAUAUAGAAUGUUUGGUACUUCGUUACAAAUCCAUUUAUCACGGAGUUUUCUCGAUUAAAUGAAAUUAUACAAAGGUC